AUGGACGGCGUGGUAUGUGGGAGCUUUAGAGAGGCUGCUGAAAGGCUGGGACUCAUCGAGGCUGACAACACACUCGACGACUGUCUUACUGAGGCGGAGCAGUGGGCGAUGCCAUGUUCUCUUAGGAGGCUCUUCGCAACCAUCUUGGUGCACUGCGAGCCAGGCGACGUGUGCGGUUUAUGGGAUAGGCACCUCGAGCCUAUGUCUGAUGACUACCGUCGAACACGCACGUCCCCGAAUGAGGUGGAGCAGAUGGUGUUGCUUGACAUUAGGGGUAUGUUGCAGUCCAUGGGUAAAGACAGUAUUGAUUUCGCUCUUCCAACCAUUGAUGAUGCUUUUGACCCAACUGAGGGCGAGGCCAGAGAGAUCAUCGAGGAAUCAACCGUUGAGUUUGAUGAAAGUGACACUAAAUUGUCAUCUUCCUUGAAUUUGGAGCAAAGGGCCGCAUAUGACGAGAUACUAUUGGCUGUUGAACGCGGUGAUGGGGGUGUAUUCUUUGUAGAUGGCCCUGGAGGUACAUGGAAGACCUUCCUCUACAGGGCGAUGCUCGCCAAGGUGAGGGGCGAGGGCAAGAUUGCUAUCGCUACCGCGACGUCGGGCGUCGCUGCUUCUAUCAUGCCUGGCGGUAGGACUGCCCACUCGAGGUUCAAAAUCCCACUGAGUUGCGAUGAUGGAGCCUCGUGCAGCUUCACCAAGCAGAGUGGGACCGCCAAGCUGCUAAGGAUGGCCUCAUUGAUACUAUGGGACGAGGCCAGCAUGACUAAGAGGCAAGUUGUUGAGGCAUUCGACAAUAGCAUGCGUGACAUCAUGGGAAUACGCCACCGACCCUUUGGAGGAAAGACUGUUGUUUUUGGCGGGGACUUUAGGCAGGUGCUUCCGGUCGUAAGAAGGUGGUCACGGGGCCAGAUAAUUGAUGCAAGCCUCCGAAGUUCUCAUCUAUGGAAGCGUAUGCGACAGCUUCGGCUCAUCACCAACAUGAGGGCUCAUAAUGACACGUGGUUUGCAGAUUACUUGCUCAGGGUCGGUAAUGGCACAGAGGAAGCCGACGAUCAAGGCAACAUACUACUGCCUGAUGACAUUUGUCUGCCAUCUCCAGGCGAGGUUGACGACCUGGAGAAGCUGAUUGACCACGUGUUUCCGAGUCUAGAUGACAACAUGUCUGAUUCGAAUUACAUGACAUCUCGCGCCAUCCUUUCCACGACGAAUGACAACAUCAACAAGAUAAACAUCCGCAUGAUAGAGCAUUUCCACAGAGAUGAAGUAAUCUACCAUAGCUUUGACAGUGCGGAGGACGACCCAUAUGGCUACUACGCUCUUGAGCUUGUUGUUAGAGGUUUUGAGAGGAACACCAUUGAUGCAGAAAUCGUGAUUGGACAACACGCUGGUAGGAGGGUCUUCCUUCCUCGAAUACCUCUGUGCCCAUCUGACAACGACAUGUUUCCAUUCAAGUUUAAGAGGAAGCAAUUUCCUAUAAGCCUUAGCUUUGCUAUGACGAUUAACAAGGCUCAAGGGCAGACCAUCCCGAUUGUUGGUGUGUAUCUACCUAAUCCGGUGUUUUCUCAUGGUCAACUCUAUGUUGCUUUGUCUCGAGCCACCGCGAAGAGAAACAUAAAGAUACUUAUUCAGAAGGAGAAGCCGAAGGAGAAGUCCAACAAGCAAAAUAACAAUCCAAAGAAGCGAAAAAGACCGACCGUGUCCUUGCUGACCUCAAUGAAGAACAUCGUCUACAAGGAAGUACUUACAGGCUGA